AGUUAUUUCUGAACCUCUGCGCAAUGCACUAUCGUUAACGGACGUCUUUUUCGGUUUGCUCAUUUAUCGACAUUAGGCAAAUGUUUUUUUCUUAAAGAAUUCUUUUCAAAAAAUUAUAAAUCGUGCGAUUCAUGGAAUUAGUUUGUGUAUUAAGUGCAUGAAAUAAACUUUAUUACUCUAAUUAUGCAAUAAAAGAUUAUUAAUAAUAAUUAAAACAUAAAAAAUGUUUUAUGGAAAAAUGGAAAAAUGGUUGCUUGUGUGGCUUUUGUGUUAAAUAAAUUUGUGUGAAAUACUCAUAAAGAAAUUCAAUUCUCCUCGAAGGCACUCCCAUUGAAAUACAACUACGUACAGCUUUCCUAUUUGAAAGCGAAAUAUCAUCGCGGAAUACUAAUGAAAUAUAAAUUUUUCCGUGCGAAUACAUCAGUUGAGUUUGUUGUGUUAAGAUGAAAACUUUAACAUACACGAUUUGUUGAAAAGCAAGAAAAAUCUUGAGUUCGUUCUACGUAACACAGGAGUGAAUAAUAUGUGGUGCAAAAUAUUGACUAAUAAACUGUGGCGCCAUCAUAAUCGGUUCAAAAUGAUGCUCCAAUGGAAGAGAUUAAUUUUAUUACCGAUUUUAGUAAUACUUUUAAGUAAUUUAAGUAUAAAAAAUAUAUUAGUAAGUGCGAGUCAAUCGGGUAUCUACAUCGACAAUGGACUCGAUCAAACAGUGAUGCAACGUACUUUGGAUGAGGAUGACAAAAUUCAUGUUUCAUAUGAAAUAUUGGAAUUUUUAGGUUUAGCUGAAAGACCCCGACGGAAGCAUUCACAUCUGUCAUUAAGAAAAUCUGCACCGCAAUUUUUGCUUGAUGUUUACCAUAGAUUGACAGAGGAAGAAACCGCAGAAUCUCUCUCUCGCUCGAAACGAGAUCUACAAGAACAAGAGAAUUUUAUAACCGAUCUAGAUAAGAAAGCUAUCGAUCAAAGUGAUAUUAUAAUGACGUUCCUAAAUAAAAACCACCAUGUAGACGAAGUACGGCAUGAGCAUGGACGACGGCUUUGGUUUGAUGUUUCCGAUGAAAAUGUGCCUGAUAAUAAUUACUUAAUGAUGGCCGAGCUGCGAAUUUAUCAAAAUCCAGCACAUGGCAAAUGGAUGACUAGUAACAAAGAGUUUACAAUAAGUGUUUAUUCCAUUGUAAAUAUGGAUGGCCAAAGAGAACUAGAAAUAUUAUCAUCGGUAAAUACAACUUCUGAUUAUCAAGGUUGGCUAGAAUUGAAUGUAACAGAAGGUCUAGCACUAUGGCUCAAAAAUCAAGAAGAAAACAAAGGUCUUUAUAUUGGCGCUCAUGCAGUGCAUAAGCCUGAACGAGAAGUAAAACUUGAUGAUAUUGGUUUAGUACAUCCAAAAGGUACAAGUGAUGAUGAAUAUCAGCCAUUUAUGAUUGGAUUUUUCAGAGGUCCUGAGCUUAUCAAAACAGCAAAAACACAUAGCCGUAAGAAACGUAACACACAACACGUACGCAGAAGAAAAAAAUCAGAAAUGGUUAAUCCACUAUUUGAAGGACCGGUGGAGAGUAUGCGAAGCUGUCAAAUUCAGACAUUAUAUAUUGAUUUCAAAGAUUUAGGCUGGCAUGACUGGAUUAUAGCACCUGAGGGUUAUGGUGCCUUUUACUGUGCCGGUGAAUGCAAUUUUCCUUUGAAUGCACAUAUGAAUGCUACAAAUCAUGCUAUUGUACAAACUCUAGUGCAUCUUAUGGAACCGAAAAAAGUACCGAAGCCAUGCUGUGCUCCUACUCGCCUAGGUGCACUUCCGGUACUUUACCAUCUCAAUGAAGAAAAUGUUAAUUUGAAAAAAUACAAAAAUAUGAUAGUGAAAAGUUGCGGGUGCCAUUAAAAUAAUUACAAUUGGAACAUAACUGACCUCUACAAAUGAAGUGUAUACUUUCCUGUGAAUACUUACAUAUAUACAAUUUAUUUUUGUAUACAUAUUAAUGUGUGAAGUUAAUUCUUUCUCAUAAUUAACUUAAUUUAAACUUAAAUUAGUAUUUAAGUGAUUUUUUAUACGUGAUCCAAUAUGAAUGAUAUUUUCUUAUAUUGGGGUAUAAUUUAAGAGUAAUAUUAUUCAGAUUUUAUUUUUAUUUUAUUUUAUUAUUCCACAUUGGAUGUCAAAACAAACCUAAAACUUAUAGAUUGGUUUGUUAUAAAUAAAAAAAACUUAGAAUUAUUACUGAUAUGUAUUUAAAUAUAAUUGCUGAAAUGUUUUUAAUAAGAUAAAAUAAUAUAUAAUAAACAAUUCGACUUAUAAAAUU